CUAUUAUCGGUGGACUCACAAGGUACUUUGACGACAAUUCUUAGAACAUUUUUCAAGACCACCUUACUUGGUGGUUUCUACUCCUAUUUAAACCCACAGCUACAAUCCACCAUUUCACACAAAUUCUCGUAAAAAAGACAACCUCACUGGUUACUACCUUAGACAAAAUGGCUAAGCAGAACUCCAACAUCCCUGACACAAACUCCUCUGCUGCUCUUGUUCCUAUACUUAUACAACCCAUAUCCAUGAUUGAUGAUGAAGAACUGGCUAUUCCAUUUGAGGCACCGAUCGUGUCGUCUUACAAUGACCGAAUACGCCCACUACUUGAUGCAAUUGACAAGCUCCGCCACCUCAAGGUCAUGCAGGAAGGUAUACAGCUUCCAACAAUUGUGGUGGUUGGUGACCAAUCGUCCGGAAAGUCCAGUGUUCUUGAAUCACUUGCUGGCAUCAACCUUCCACGAGGCCAAGGCAUUUGCACUAGGGUGCCACUCAUAAUGAGGCUUCAGCAUCACUCAGAUCCUCUCCCGGAGCUUCACUUGGAGUUUCUGGGCAGAACUGUCCAGACUGAUGAGACCCAUAUUUCUGAUGCCAUAAAUCAAGCAACUGAUGAGAUUGCUGGCUCUGGUAAAGGUAUAUCACACACCCCAUUAACGUUAGUUGUGAAGAAAAAUGGCGUACCUGAUCUUACAAUGGUUGAUUUGCCUGGAAUCACUAGGGUGCCUGUUCAUGGGCAGCCUGAUGAUAUAUAUGAGCAGAUAUCAGCCAUAAUAACAGAGUACAUAAAACCAGAGGAGAGCAUUAUCUUGAAUGUUUUGUCUGCAACUGUUGAUUUUCCGACUUGUGAAUCCAUUAGGAUGUCACAGCGUGUGGACAAGACCGGCCUGAGAACUCUGGCUGUUGUUACCAAAGCCGACAAAGCUCCCGAAGGUCUGCUAAAUAAAGUAGAGGCAGAUGAUGUGAAUAUCGGGCUUGGCUAUGUGUGCGUUAGGAAUCGCAUAGGCGAUGAAUCGUAUGAUGAAGCUCGAAAGGAAGAAGCUAAUUUAUUCGAAACCCACCCGCUUCUCUCAAAGUUUGACAAAUCUAUUGUGGGUAUUCCAGUUCUGGCCCAAAAGUUGGUGCGAAUUCAAGCUACAAUAAUAGCAAAAUGCUUGCCAGAGAUUGUUAGAAAGAUCAAUGACAAGCUCAGUGCAAACAGGUCAGAACUCACCAGAAUGCCCCAGAAUCUGACUUCUGUUCCAGAAGCAAUGUCUGCUUUGAUGCAGAUUAUUGGUUCCUCCGUGGAGACUCUUAGGAAAGUUCUCUUGAGAGGUGAGUUCGAGGAAUACCCAGAUGACAAACACAUGCAUUGCACUGCUCGUCUUGUAGAAAUGCUCAACCAGUGCGCUCAGGAAUUGGAAAACAGUUCAGAAGAUAACUACAAGGACAAUUUUCUAAUGGAGGAGAUACGAGUUCUUGAGGAAACCAGAGGCAUUUGGCUACCAAAUUUCCUUCCUCGCGCGGCUUUUCUCAUGAUCCUGCAGAACAAAGUAAAGGAGAUAUCUGGAGCACCGGUUGAGUUUGUCUCUAAAGUAUGGGAGUACAUUGAGAAAGUGGUGGUUGCUGUUUUAAAGCGUCACUCUGAACAUUAUCCACAGCUGGAGUCAUCUACAAGAAGAGCAGCCCAGAACCUUAUUGCCAAGAGGAAGGAUAUGUCUGCUGAUCGAGUGGCGGAGAUAAUUGAGAUGGAGAAGAUCAUAGAUUAUACUUGCGAUCCUGAAUAUCUGACAGUAUGGGGUAAGCUCAUGGCUAGUAAAAACCUCUUCCUCGAUGUUAUGAAUAAUUAUUCGAGGUGCACACUGAUCACCAUUGAUGGUUUUGGGGAAGUUGAAGUUGGGCAUUUAAAGUCCUUCCCUAGUAUUAGAGACCAAGCAUUUGACAUAAAAAUGAGGAUUACAGCAUACUGGAAGAUUGUUCUUAAAAGACUCGUUGAUUCCAUGGCUCUGAACCUACAGUUCAGUGUUAAUAAUCUGGUGAACAUGGACAUGGAGAAAGAGAUAUUGACUGAACUCAUGGAUCCUCAUGGUGGUGGACUUGAAAGGUUGCUAGAAGAAUCGCAUUCGGUGGCCACAAAGCGUGAGAGAUUGAACAAAAGUAUCAAGCUGCUGAAGGACUCUAAGGAAGUUGUUGCUAAGGUCAUGGACAGAAUUGCCUUCAAUGCUGAUUAGGUUUUGUCUGCAUCUUGCUUUUAAUUUCUCGGUUGUCGUCUGAAAUAUUUGACGGUUUUUUUGUUUUGGUAGGUUUGCUUUGUUAGAAUGCCUGAAAUCCCAUAUUAUUGUGAUGGGAAACUCUUCGGUGGUCUUAAUGUUAUGUUUGUGUGUUUGGUAGUGUGUUGCUAAUCUAUAAUGAAUUCCAAUGUAAUGGAAUGUAUUAUGCGGGAGUAGAUGAUAUUGUCUUGUCAUUUUCAGCUGGUGGAUUUGUAAUUAGUCUUUAAUUCAGAUGCAUUGGUUGAGAAUG